AUGGAGGAAGAAGAAAUCGAGAAGAGAGCUGUGAGAAUAUUCGUCGGAGGAUUGGGUGAAGCCGUCACCACCGAAGACCUUCGCCGGCUAUUCGAAUCACUUGGCACCGUUCAAUCAAUCGAACCCAUCCGAACCAAAGGUCGCAGCCUCGCAUACCUCGACUUCCUCUCCGAUCCUAAAUCCCUUUCCAAACUUUUCAGCAAGUAUAAUGGGUGUGUGUGGAAAGGUGGAAAGCUUAGACUUGAAAAGGCUAAAGAGCACUACCUUGAUCGGAUGAAAAAAGAAUGGGAAGAAGACAAGAUUCUUAGUAUCAAACCACCAGCUACUGAGAUUACUACUCAAAAGGAGGUUUUGGUAAAGGAAAAGCCUACUUCAAGACGCAUUUUGGAUUCAACUGAAAAGCCUCUUAAUAUUUACUUCCCGAGAUUAAGAACGGUGAAAUCCAUACCAUUCAGUGGAACUGGCAAGCACAAAUAUAGUUUCCAGAAUAUUAAAGUUCCUCCUCUCCCUGUGCAUUUUUGUGAUUGUGAGGAACACUGUAGUCCUUUUAUCCCUAAAAAGGAAAAGUUAUCUAUGAAUACGGCAACUGAAACUGGUGGAAUAAAUGAUGAAGAAAUUAACAUCAUGAAUGUUGUUAUGAACAAGCUGCUUGAAAAAGAGAAGGUUUCUAACACCAAGCAACUUGGAAAGAAACAUGAUUCAUUUGAAUCUCCAGAUGCUUUACAGGCUAAUAAAGGUGAAGUAGAUAGUGCAACAAAAGCUGGUGGUGGUGAUGAUGAUGAUGAUGAUGAUGAUGAUGAUGAUGAUGGUGAUGAUGGUGAUGAUGAUGAUGAUGAUGGUCUCAUAAUCAACAUUGCAACGAAGAAAAAGAAAACAGCUUUAACAGGGACUCAAGAACUUGAAAAGAUCUUGGAAAAUCAGGAAUGGUCCAAUAAAACAAAUAUUGCAGAGGAAGAAACCAUUGAAGUGCAGAAAAGGAGCAACAACAAUCCUAACAAGGUAAAGAAGAGAAAACCACUUCCCAAAUCAGAAAGCGACAACAAUGAAGGUGUGUCUAGUGCCUCUGCUGGCAAGAGUAAAAUGCAGACCCUUCUAGAUGAGCUGGGAUCUGGUGCGCAGCCUACGGAACCAGGAUAUGAUCUUGGGGAAUCUGGUAAAGUUUCAUGGUCACAGAAGUCUUCAUGGAGAGAACUUGUUGGUAAAGGAGGCAAUGCUUCCUUUAGCGCCUCUCUCAUAUUGCCGAAGUUUGAUUCUGGUAAAGAUCAACAAAAUUCUAAUGGUUCUUGCACUUCUUCAUCUACAAACGAUGAAACUGAAGACAUGGGAAGUGAUGAAUCUCAAGCUGAAGACGUGGGAAGUGAUGAAUCUCAAGCUGAAGACGUGGAAAGUGAUGAAUCUCAACCUGAAGACGCGGAAAGUGAUGAAUCCCAACCUGAAGACGCGGAAAGUGAUGAAUCCCAACCUGAAGACGCGGAAAGUGAUGAAUCUCAACCUGAAGACGCGGAAAGUGAUGAAUCUCAACCUGAAGAUGCGGAAAGUGAUGAAUCUCAACCUGAAGAUGUGGAAAGUGAUGAAUCUCAACCUGAAGACGUGGAAAGUGUCGAAACUGAAGACAUGGAAAGUGAUGAAUCUCAACCUGAAGACAUGGAAAGUGAUGAAUCUCAACCUUCCCACGCACAAGUGACAGAAGAGCCUGCUGAAGCUCAACCUACCAAUGCACACGUAAUAGAAGAGCCAGCUGAAUCUCAACCCACCAAUUCACAAGUGAUAGAAGAACCUGCUGAAGCUCAACCUAAGACGGCACCAAAAAUAACCGGCAGAGGUUCUUCAUGGCUGCAAAAGGAAUCCUGGACCCAACUGGUCAAUAAGGAUAAUAAUUCAUUUAGCAUUUCACAAAUUUUACCUGACAUCACUUUCCCCGAACAAACAGCCAAGGAACCCAUUCUGUACCCUGCCUAUUCCAAUAAUUGCAAGCAUAAUGGCGCUGAUAAGAAUACUAAUAAUGGAUCUGUAAUUGAUGGCUUUAACUUAAGGGAGACUGUACGGGAAAAGAGUGCGCAUGCUGGCGCUGAUGAUAUAGUUUCUGCUUCAGUAGCUGAGAAAACAGUUGAAACAAAUUCAAGGGAAGGAUCCAGUGCAAAUGUUGAAAUAGGAGAAACUUGCUCAUUUAUGAGAAGUGCUGCUUCUUUGAAAGAGUGGGCAAAAGCUAAAGCUGCUCUUAGUGGAUCACUCAAAAGAAAACAUAGUGAGAAGUAA